GAGCUCAGGAUAACGUAGAGGCAACGCCGAGCGCCAAUCGUGAGAGGUUCAUAAGCGAGCUCGGAGAAGGCGAUUCCAGACCCGUGGCCGUGGGUUGAGCGUCCACCGUUGAAUUGCGCGAAUGAUCAGUACGUCUUCCAGAUCUUCAAAGCCGUCAUCGGAAAAGUUAGGAGAUCGCUACAUGGGAUGGGAGAAUCCGAGAUGUGCGUUCGCCGCUUUGGCGAGAUGGGCAUCGGAGGAAGGAGGGGGCAAAUCACGCGGGAUGAGAGAAGUGCUCAUUUUUUUCGUGGUGGUUACAGACAGAGGGCACUGCGGAAUGCCACAGAUGGCGCAUUGGGAUAGCCGAUAUCAGGGUGUGCCGAAGAGAAAGAGAGUAUACGAGUAUCUUCUUCCAGCUGCCUUCGGACUCGCUAAUGGCGGGUUAUUCUCGUUCGUCACUACGGAGACAAGCGACCCAUCAUCUCACACGUCGUCUUUUUCUGGUUUCUACACCGCGUUGCAGCUUGGUUCCGCAUCGGUCGGCCUUUGCAAAGUGCGCGUACCGAAGAAGAAAAGGGAGCUUGAGAUACCCGGGAAGCAAGAUAGACGUCAGAGUAUUCGUCAUGUCUUGCUCGCCUUGUGCGACGGCGGAGGGCCACUUGAGUAACUUGUACGCGAGUUGAUAGAUGCCUGUGAACAAGGUAUAAAAAGCAGAGCAAGACUGUGUGUGGGCGCGACGCGAAAGGGAUCACGUGCGACUGGUGCGGUGUGUGGAGGACUGUUCUGGCGUGGCCUGGUUUAUGAUGGUCG